CCUCCGCCCGUCACUUCCGGUCCUCAGGAGUCGGCGAGGCGAACCCCCACAAUGAAGCGCGUGUUUGUUACCGUAGGGACCACCAGUUUUGACGAGCUCAUAACAUGCGUGUCAGCGGAGGACAGUGUCCGUAUCUUCAAGAGCCUCGGCUACAGCCAGCUUACGCUCCAAAUUGGGAGGGGAACGGUGGUGCCCGAAGCCUUCAGCGCUGAGUCCUUUACUCUAGACGUUUAUAGGUACAAGGAUUCUUUGCAAGAAGACCUUCAGGAAGCAGAUCUCGUUAUUAGUCACGCAGGUGCAGGAAGCUGUUUGGAGACUCUGGAAAAAGGCAAGCCGCUUGUGGUAGUUAUAAAUGAAAAGUUGAUGAACAAUCAUCAGCUGGAAUUGGCAAAGCAGCUACACCAAGAGGGGCAUCUCUUCUACUGUACCUGCAGCACGCUUCCUGGGCUGUUACAGUCAAUGGAUUUAUCAACACUGAAAUGUUAUCCUCCUGGCCAGCCAGAAAAAUUUUCUGCAUUUUUGGAUAAAGUUGUUGGAUUACAAAAAUAAACAUUUAAGCUCGUGAUACUUUAAAAAAUCCCUACAUCCAGUCUGUGGAAUGUGAUUAAGUCUAAUUAAAUGCAGUUAUAUUUGUAGACUAUGUUUCCUACAUCUCUAGUAUGUAUAGGAAAUUUUAUGGUGUGAACAUUGCAUUUAGGUUCAAAUCCUAAUUGAAAUUUAGUAAACAUGCUAGAUUUCACUAAUUUUCAAUAUAUAGUAUGGAUUUGCAGGCUUUGUCAUAGAAUCCUAAAUGGAGUGUAGGUAUUUGGAAAAAGUGAAAUUUGAAAAUACUGACAAGAAUCAUAAAUACUAUUUGACGUUCUUUAGUGUAAAAAGUGAAACUAAAAAUUUUCGUGUGAGAACCAGCACCUUUAGCUUAAUAAUCUAAGGAACACUUUUUUUUCCUUAAGAAGUAUAAAUGUUGGGUUGUGCUCUGAAAUAGAAAAGGUCAGGAAUCAUCUAGCAAUGUUGAUCCAAGUUAGUUGAUCUGUUGUACCUGGAGAGACGUUAUCUUGAGGAUUAGUGAGGUUUGGAUAUGUUGUUUUUCUCCUCUACAGUAUAAAGUGAAAAAAAUCUUAAUGUCAAAGUUUUGAAAAAUACAGAAUAAAGAGGACUUAAGCCAAUAGAAUUUGAAUGUUUAAAGACACCUUUUCACAAUGAUAAUGAAAAGUACUGCAUCAGAUUAAUUUAACAGUUUAUGUGCUUAUAAAAGUUUCACAAAUGAGUAAAUGAUAUGGGAUAUAGUUAAUUGCUUAAAUACGGUUUUAGAAUUCAUACGUGCCGUAGAAUUUCUAAUUAGAAUGUGUUGUCUUAAGACUUAUGAUAGAUUCUCUGUAUCCAUAGUUCUCUGGUAAAAUAUUUAGAUAUACUUUAACCAUGAAAAUAGGAGAUUGUACGCAACUACUUUGAGUUGUAUUGUCCUAAAAUGUUAAAUAUUUCUAACAUUUUACUUGGGAUGUAUUAUAUACGCUUUUAUGGAUUUUUUUUUCCUGGUUGUGUUUUACUUAGGCAUAUAUUGAGAUAAAUUCUUUACUAAUGGUAGAAGGUGGUGGCUGAGAUGUAUUCUGGGUAACAGGAGGAAAUCACCUUGGAUUAAAAAUAUGCUGAGAGUAAUUAAAUAGUAGUUCACAUCUACAUAGUUGAGAAUUCAUGACACCAUCAUCAUAAUUGUAUUUUAAUGCUAUACUGAUGUUUUACAAAAGAACUUUUUCAAAUCCAGGGAGAGAAUCUUAAAUUUUAUGGGCCCUCUUUUUUUUUAAUGGGCCCUCUUUUGAAAUGUUUAUCUCAAUUUUGAGAACAAUUAAGAUAUGAAAGAUUAUAUUGGUCACUCCUUAUCUUGUGGCCUGCAGGUUAACCAGUGCAUACUCAAACAUCAGGAAGAUUAAACAAAACAGUACACCCCAAAAAUGUUUUCUACAUUUCAGAAAUAAUUAUAAUUUACCUUUUAUUAUUUCAUUCAAAAGAGAUUUAAAUAGCUCAGCAGCAUAGCAUGUCCAGGCCAGCUCAAGACAGGUUGAUUACUGGUAACCCCAAAAAAGAUUUAAACCAUGGUGUCAAUUGUAUGUAGUAACAUCUUGGCACAUCUGUGGUAUUUUACAUUGUUUUAUAGCAGAGUACUUUAGAAUUUGU